AUAAGUAACAAUCAGUGGCCACUAUUAGUGGGCGUGACCGAUCACCAGUGACAGCCGGUGACCACUGGUCAGCGUGACCAUCAGUGACCGUCGGUGGAAAAAUCAGUGGUCGCCAGUGACCGACUCAGUGACCUUCGAGUCACUGAAAGAGUGCGCUCACCACCGCACUGCGCUGGUGCGACUAUGACCAGGCAGUGGCCGACGCGAGCCGGCCCCGAGUGCGUAUAGCGGCGCCAUGGCAGUGCGCGUGACGGCGGCGGCAGCCGCGCUGUGGCUGGCCGCAGCCGUGGCUCUAUCGAGCGCCGAGUGUUUAGGAGGCGUGUGCGACUGCCGGUGGAAGGGCGGCAAACAGACAGUGGAGUGUAUCGGUAAGGGUCUGCUGACCAUCCCCGCCGCGAUGGAUUCCAGCACACAGGUGCUCGACUUCUCCGGGAACAACAUCCAGAUCUUGGCGCGCCACAAGUUCCAGAGGAUGGGGCUCAUCAACCUACAGCGCAUCUACCUAGCGCGCUGUAAGCUCUCUCAGGUGAACGACCACGCGCUGUUCGGUCUGACAAACCUGGUGGAGCUCGACCUCAGCGAUAACCUGCUGACGGACGUUCCGGGCCGCACCUUCACCGACGUGCCGGCGCUGAUGCGGCUCUCGCUGAGCGGUAACCCGAUCCGGCGGCUGUCGCGCACCAGUCUGACGGGCCUGCGCGAGCUCACCUCUCUGGAGCUGUCGCGCUGUGAGCUGGAGACGGUCGAGGAGGAUGCGUUCGCCGCUCUGACCAAGCUGCAGUGGCUGCGGCUGGACGGCAACCGGCUGGCCACCAUGCAGCCGGACGGGCUGUCACUGGGUCUGCACGGGGUGGAUCUGCACGCUAACCCGUGGCGGUGUGACUGCCGGCUGCGGCCCCUGCGCCGCUGGCUGGUGCUGUACAAGGUGCCGCCGGCGGUGGUGCCUCGCUGCUCGGAGCCGCCGCGUCUGGCCGGCCGGCCGCUGCGCGACACCGAGCCACCCGAGCUGGCCUGUCUACCGGAAGUGACCACCGACCAGUGGCUGAUCGAGGUGGCCGAGCACCAGAACGUGACGCUCAACUGUCGCGUGCACGCCGAGCCGCCGGCCAACGUAAGCUGGAGCUUCAACGACCAGCCGCUGUCCGACUCUGACGCCGUAUUCUACCGGCCGUACGCGAUCAGUGAGUACAGCGAGCAGGCGGGCACGCUGCGCCACGGACAGCUGCUUGUCCUCAACGCCACCGACACGGACGAGGGGGUGUUCCGCUGCACGGCGACCAACGUGGCCGGCGUCAGCUCCGUCAACUACACACUCCGUGUGCUGCUGCCCCCGGGGAGCAGCAGCUCGGAGUCGGCGCCGCCGCAGAGACCCACCUACCUGGCGGCGGUGGGCGCCUCGCUGGCGCUCCUUCUGGCACUGCUGGCCCUGCUCGUCUGCCUGGUGGCGCUGCGGUGCGCGCGCCGGCGGCGACACCGGCCGCCCGUCGAGGCCGACGCGAAGACUGGGGUCAUCAACACAGCUGUGGAUACUCCCAGCAGCACGUGCUCGGCGCCCAAGGCGGUGGGAGCGGCGGGCGCGGGCGCCGGCCGGCCCCCACCCGGUGGUCUAGCCGACUGUCGGGAGCACGUCACCUACAUCGGCCAGCGGUGCUGCACCAGUCCGUCACGCCGCUCGGCCGACAGUAACCCAGACGUGGUUAGCGACACCGAGCCAACCGCGCGCCGCGCUGAUCGCCACUCCGGAGGAGACUUCACCUACGAACGGCGCCGCUCGUCCAAGCGGCUGGGCGCGCUGUGGCGGCCCGACGAGCCGGCGCCGCUGGUGCAUGUGGACGUGCACCCCGGGCCGGAGCCGCGCCGCUCGGGCACCGUCGGCCGCAGUCGGUCCUACCACCAGCAGCUGGCCGGCGUGCCGCCGGCCGGCUACCGCAGCCUGCCGCGGCACCGGCCGCACGGCCGUCCGCCGGGACUGGACAGUCCUCCUCCUCUGGCACCGCCGGCCGGCUUCACUGACGACGAGGUGCCGACAUACAACCAGGUGCGCCGUCCACCGCGCGGUGACCCCAACACCAGCGGUCUACCAGCGCCACCGCCCGCCGGGCCCGCGGUCAAAUUCGGCGAUCACGUGACGGCGGCGCACUCGAGCCUACACGAGAGUCCCGACGAGGGUUACGACGAGUCAGCGGGGGACGUUACCGAGGUAUAG